AAUCCGCCGCAUUGGACACAUCUCCCGCUUAGAACCUGGCGAUCGGCGUCUUUGUCACCGGAAAUGGCGGUUUUCUCGGCCAAGUUCUUCUUCCUCCCCGUCAUCAUAUGGAUUUUCCUCCGGGUUACUACCAAGCUGAUAUUUCUGAUUUUGAGAUGUGUUAUGGGAGUGACUGUGGAGUUUCAUGUAUCAGGAAUGAGGAGUUUGAGAAAUGUUGUAGUGAAGUUAAAAAAGGGCUCGGUUGAGAGCAUUUCAGUUGGCGAAAUCAGAUUAAGUCUACGCCACUUGUUGGCUAAACUUGGGACUGGUGUUUUGUCCAGGGGUCCAAAAUUGAAGGUGCUAAUAUAUGAUCUGGAAAUUGUUAUGAAGGCUUCCCGAACGGCCACUCAGAACAAAAGGUCCCGCUCCUCUCAGAAAUCCCGUAAGCCAGGUUGCAGAAAGUGGAUGUUCCUAGCUAAUAUGGCAAGAUUUUUGUCAGUAUCUAUAACUAAGCUGUCUUUCAGGACACCGAAGGUUGCUGUGGAGAUUAACGAGCUGUCCCUUGAUACAUAUAAAGACGGUGGAUCCAAGCCAAAAUUAUCUGUGAAUUUGAAACUGGUGCCUGUUCUCGUAUAUUUAGGUGAUAGACAGGUCAAUUAUACUCAGUCUUCGUUGCAUGGUGGACAUGUUCCUUCCUACCAGACAUUAGUAGCACCGAUAGAGAAGACAUCUGCUCCUUCUAUAUGUGAAGAGUUUUCUCUCUCGUGUGAAUUUGGUCUUGAUAGGGAAGCUGAUGUCGUCGUUAACAGUUUAGAUAUCAGAUGUGGAGAUGUUUCUUUAUGCCUAAGUGAGGAGCUAAUUCUUAAAAAGAAAAAUGCAGCAGAUGCUUUCUCCCAGGUUGAUGAUGUUGUAAAAGUGACCAAUGACUCUGCUGCUACUGAAAAACCACAGAAAAAGCCUGCUUCACUGGCUAUAGAUAAAUAUGCUUCUCUGUUUCCAGAAAAGCUUAGCUUCAGUCUCCCUAAAUUGCAUAUGAAGUUUGUGCACCGGGGAGAGGGUCUCCUCAUGGAGAAUAACAUCAGAGGCAUUCAGUUGAACAGCUCAAAAUCUCAAAGAACUGAAGAUGUGGGAAAAAGCACUCGACUUGAUAUACAGAUGGAAUUCAGUGAGAUCCAUCUACUUGAAGAGGCAGGCAUUUCUAUUUUGGAGAUUUUGAAACUUGAUUGUAUCUCUUCCAUUUAUAUCCCGAUUGAGCCAACCUUGCCAGUUAGGGCUGAAAUUGAUAUUAAGCUUGGAGGUUGUACUGCUCCAGAGAUGACCAUUGUGAUUUAUGAUAUGAGUUCCUCACCGCUGUAUCAUGGUUGCUUGCUAUUAUUGCAUGCCUCAGUCAACAACACAUCUAGCUCUGGCAUCGCAGCACACGCAGAACUCGGUGAAUUCAAUCUACGCAUGUCUGAGGAGCAUGAAGAAUGCUUAAAGCAAGCCGUAUUUGGAAUUGAAACUGCAAAUGUGAACCCAUUAACACACGCAGAACAGAACCCAUCACAAAUUCAGGUUUCAAAAACAUCCAAGCCAUCGGGAAAGGGGAUUCAAUUCAUAAAGUUCAAUCUUGAAAGAUGUUCUUUGAAGUUCUGUGGAGACGUGGGCUUAGAAAAUGCAGUUGUUCCAGACCCCAAACGUGUAAAUUAUGGAUCACAAGGGGGUAGAAUCUUAAUUACUGAUUCUGCUGAUGGUACUCCCAGGACUGCAAGUAUUACAUCUACUGCCUUAAAUGACUUGAAGGAAUUGAAGUAUGAUGUUUCCCUUGAAGUUCUCAAUUUGAGUUUUUCCAAGAACAAAGAGAAACAAACUGAGCAAAUGGAGCUGAAGAGGGUCAUAUCUGUAUAUCAAGAACACUUGGAAGGAAAUAACAUUGCAACUAAAGUUACAUUGCUUGACAUGCAACAUGCAAAGUGUGUAAGGCGAUCUGGUGGUCUUAAAGAGAUUUCUAUUUGUUCUCUCUUCAGUGCUACUGAUAUAUCUCUGAGAUGGGAACCUGAUGUGCAUAUAGCAUUAAUUGAAUUGGGACUACGGUUGAAGUUACUUCUAGCAAAAUAUAACGUUAAGGAACCUAUUAAAGAAGAUAGUGAACCAAAGAAAGAGACCUCUGCUGCAGAAGCACUUGAAAAACAGAAAAAUAAAAGAGAAACCAUUUAUGCGAUUGAUGUGGAAACACUUAAUAUAUCUGUUGAAGCAGGGGAUGGGGUUGAAGCCACCAUCCUGGUACAGUCUAUAUUUUCUGAAAAUGCAUGGAUAGGCUUACUUCUUGAAGGAUCCAUUCUUCAUUUUAACAAUGCACGAAUACUUAGAAGCAGCAGGAUGCAAAUUUCUCGGAUCCCUAAUUCCUCCUCCAACAGUUUGUCAAAUGUUAAAGGGGGAAACACCGCAUGGGAUUGGGUAGUUCAAGCUCUAGAUAUUCACAUAUUUGUACCAUACAGGCUGGAAUUGCGUGCUAUUGAUGAUUCUGUUGAGGAAAUGAUUCGAGCUCUGAAGCUUGUUACUGCAGCUAAAACUAAACUUGUGUUUCCAAACAAGGAAGAGAAACGAAACCCCAAAGUACCAGGUUCAUCAAGAACUGGGCGAGUAAGAUUAUGCAUACGUAAACUGACUGCAGAACUAGAAGAAGAACCACUACAAGGCUGGCUUGAUGAGCAUUACCAUUUGCUGAAGAAUGAAGCUCGAGAAUUAGCUGUCCGUAUGAACUUCCUUGACAAACUUGCCUCUAGAGGUGUUCAAUCUCCUAGUGUUGAGAACCAGAAUGCUGUUGUUCUUGAAGGAAAGAUUCUUUUAAAUGGAGAAGAGAUUGAUUUGCAGGACUCUUCAGUUAUCCAGAAACUGCAAGAGGAAAUGUAUAGGCAGUCAUUCCGGUCGUACUACCAGGCAUGCCAGAAUCUUGAGCCAUCACAAGGAUCAGGGGCUUGCAGAGAAGGGUUCCAAUCUGGUUUCAGGCCUAGUGCUGCCAGAAUUUCACUUUUCUCAUUGUGUGCCACAGAAUUAGAUGUAAGCUUGACAAAAAUUGAAGGAGGUGAUGCUGGGAUGAUUGAACUCCUUCAGAAGCUAGAUCCUGUAUGUCGUGCACAUAACAUUCCAUUUUCACGACUGUAUGGAAGUAAAAUCAAUUUACAGACAGGUUCCCUUGUUGUUCGGAUAAGAAAUUACACAUGUCCAUUAUUUGCUGCAACUUCGGGAAGAUGUGAAGGCCGCCUUGUGAUGGCUCAGCAGGCAACAUGUUUUCAACCCCAAGUUCGACAAAAUGUCUAUAUAGGGAGAUGGAGGAAGGUCUCUUUACUUCGUUCAGCGAGUGGUACAACUCCACCAAUGAAAACAUAUUCAGAUUUGCCCUUACAUUUUCAGAAAGCUGAAAUUUCCUAUGGGGUUAGUUUUGAACCAUCGUUCACUGAUAUCAGCUAUGUUUUCUCUGUGGCUCUUCGCAGAGCCAAUUUAAGUAUUAGGAACCCAAACCCUGAUCCUCCUCCACCUAAAAAGGAAAAGAGCUUGCCGUGGUGGGACGAAAUGAGAAACUAUAUUCACGGUAACACAUCUUUGUACUUUGCUGAAACCAGGUGGAAUAUUCUUGCUACAACCGAUCCCUAUGAAGAGUCUGACAAGCUCUUGGUCUUAUCUGGUCUUAUGGAAGUGAAACAAUCUGAUGGUUGUAUUAUUGCAUCUGUGAAGGAUUUCAAGAUCCUAUCAAGUAGUUUGGAGAGAUUUUUAAAAAGCUCCAAUUUAAAACUUCCAGAUGGAUCUUUUUAUCCUUUCCUAGAGGCCCCAGACUUCAUUGUUGAGGUAACUAUGGAAUGGGAAUGUGAUUCUGGAAAUCCCCUUAAUCAUUACUUAUUUGCACUUCCAGAUGAAAGUGUUCCUCGCGAAAAGGUUUAUGAUCCCUUCAGAUCAACUGCAUUGUCUCUGUCCUGGAAUGUUUUGCUUAGGCCCUCUUGUCAUAGUCAAUCAGAGCCAGUAUGUGCAGCACUUAAUUCUCCCACAAUAAAUGUUGGUCCUCAUGAUUUAGUGUGGCUAAUAAAAUUUUGGAACUUAAAUUACCUCCCUCCUAACAAAAUUAGGACCUUUUCUAGGUGGCCCCGUUUUGGAGUUCCUAGGAUUCCAAGAUCUGGGAAUCUGUCGUUAGACAAAGUAAUGACAGAAUUCAUGUUCAGGAUUGAUUCAACUCCUACAUGCAUAAGGUAUAUACCGCUAGAAGAUGAUGAUCCAGCUAAGGGUUUGACAUUUGAGAUGGAAAGAGUGAAAAUAGAACUUUAUCUUGGUCGCGGGCAACAAAAAUUUAUGUUUGAAAGUGUGCGUGAUCCUCUCGAUCUUGUUUAUCAAAGCGUGGAUCUUCACAUGCCCAAGGUAUUUAUUAGUAAAGAUGAUUGCACGAGUGUUGCACAAGUCAUUCAUCUGACUAGGAAGACUUCACAGUCUGCUUCUAUGAAACAAACUGCUGAUGAUAAAAAUGAGAUUACUAAUGGUAGCAAAGAGAGACAUCCCGAUGACGGUUUUCUUUUAUUGUCUGAUUACUUCAUGAUCAAGAGACAAUCUCCUAGAGCUGAUCCAGAGAGAGUAUUGGCAUGGCAAGAAUCUUUUAGAAGAGAUCUUGAGAUGACAGAUGUAACAUCUGAGUUUGAAAAUGCGGGUGAAGGUGGGGAGCAUGCAAAACCUGAAUCCCCGGAUGAUGAUGGAUGCAAUACAGUAAUUGCAGAUAACUGUCAGCGCAUAUUUGUUUAUGGUCUCAAGCUUUUAUGGAAUCUUGACAAUAGAGCUGCUGUUUUUUCAUUUGUUGGUGGAUUGACUAAAGCUUUUGAACCUCCAAAACCAUCUCCUCCUCGGCAAUAUACUCAAAUGAAGUUGCUUGAGGAGAAGAGUAAGGUAGUUGAAAACCCGGAGACGUCUCAGGAUGAUCACCAAAUGUCUCCUCCUAGUCAAGAUGUCAGUUCAUCACCUCCACAAAAUGCUGGAAUAUCAGAAUCACAAUUGCAAAAGUCACCCUCUAAUUCAGUCAAGGUGGAAAGUCCUAAUGCAACAGCAAAGCCUAGUAAUAAUGAAGAGUCCGAUGGGGAGGGGAUCCGACAUUUCAUGGUGAAUGUCAUUGAGCCACAAUUCAAUCUUCACUCUGAAGAUGCAAAUGGUAGAUUUUUGCUUGCUGCUGCUAGUGGACGUGUGUUAGCUCGUUCAUUUCAUUCAGUCAUGCAUAUUUGCAGUGAGGAAAUUCAACAGUCUCUUGCCGGAAAUGUUCAAAACUCAGAAUAUAUCUCACAAAUGACAUGGAGCCGCAGAGAGUUCUCCAUGAUGUUAGAGCAUGUGCAGGCUCAUGUUGCUCCAACUGAUGUAGAUCUAGGGGCUGGAAUACAGUGGCUUCCCAAAAUUCGUAAAAACUCACCAAAAGUGAAAAGGACAGGAGCUUUACUAGAACAAGUUUUCAUGCCUUGUGAUAUGUUUUUUCGUUAUACAAGGCAUAAAGCUGGCUCUCCAGACUUGAAGGUGAAGCCCUUGAAAGAGCUUUCUUUCAAUUCGCAGAAUAUAACUGCAACAAUGACAUCUCGCCAAUUCCAAGUUAUGACAGAUGUGUUAACCAAUCUCCUCCUUGCUAGGGCUCCAAAGGCUCGAAAAGUUAAUCUGUCAUAUCAAGUUGAGGAUGAUGAUGUUGAAGAGGAGGCAGAUGAAGUUGUUCCUUAUGGUGUCGAAGAGGUAGAAUUAGCAAGAAUCAACCAUGAACAAGAAGAACGUGCCAUAAUGUUAAUCUUGGAUGACAUAAGGAAAUUGUCUCUUUGCAAUGAUGUGUGUGGAGAGGAAUGCUCGGAGAAGGAUAUGGAACCGUGGGUGGUAACUGGUGGAAGAUCUGUACUGGUGCAAAAACUAAAGGAAGAGCUAGCAAGUGCCAAAAAAUCUAGAAAAGCUGCAUCUGCUUCUCUAAGGACAGCCCUGCAGAAGGCUGCACAGAUACGUUUGAUGGAGAAAGAAAAGAAUAAAAGUCCUUCACAUGCUAUGCGCAUUUAUUUAAGAAUUAAUAAAGUUGCUUGGAGCAUGCUUAUAGAUGGAAAAUCAUUUGCUGAAGCUGAGAUUAACGACAUGAUUUAUGAUUUUGACAGGGAUUACAAAGAUGUUGGUGUUGCAAAGUUCACAAUAAAAUUCUUUGUUAUAAGAAACUGUCUGCUGAAUGCCAAGUGUGACAUGGUUCUUUCAGCCUGGAAUCCUCCUCCUGAAUGGGGAAAAAAAGUUAUGCUACAUGUAGAUGCAAAACAGGGGCCUCCAAAAGAUGGACACUCUCCUAUUGAACUACUUCAGGUAGAGAUCUACCCCUUGAAGAUUCAUUUGGCUGAGACAAUGUACCGAAUGAUGUGGGAGUACCUUUUUCCUGAAGAAGAACAAGACUCCCAUCAACGGCAGGAAGUAUGGAAAGUUUCGACUACCGCUGGUUUAAAGCGUGGAAAGAAAGGUUCGUCUGCAAAUGAAGCUACGAGUCCCUUGACUAAAGAUUCUCAGAGCUCCUCCAAAUCAAGCAUGUUCACCUUACCACAUUCUUCUUUUACAGAUUCCUCAGAUGCAACCAAGUUACGAAGGACUGCAUCCUUUGACAGAACAUGGGAGGAAAAUGUUGCUGAAUCAGUUGCUAAUGAACUUGUAUUGAAAGUUCAAUCAUCGAGUGUCUCUUCAUCAAAGACCUGUUUGGAGCAGCAAGACGACACAGCUAAAAAUAAACCGAAAGACUCCAAUAAAAUUGUUAAAUCUGCGCGAUCCAAUCAGGAAGAGAAAAAGGCAGUGAAAGCAAAUGAUGAAAAAAGGCCUCGAAGAAUGAGAGAGUUCCACAAUAUUAAGAUUAGUCAGGUAGAGCUCUCGGUGACAUAUGAAGGAUCCAGAUUUGCUGUAAGUGAUUUAAGAUUGCUGAUGGAUACAUUUCAUUGUGUUGAAUUUACCGGAACCUGGGGGAGGCUAUUCUCGCGAGUUAAGAAACACAUCAUAUGGGGAGUAUUAAAAUCGGUCACUGGAAUGCAGAUUAAGAAGUUCAAAAUAGGCAAAGACCAUAGCCAAAAAGACAGCAGUGGCAAUGUCCCCAACAUGGAUCUCAACCACAGUGAUGGGGAAGGAGGUUCAACCGGGACAUCCGAACAGCACCCACUAUCAUGGCCUAAGCGCCCCAGUGACGGGGCAGGUGAUGGAUUUGUCACUUCGGUGAAGGGCCUUUUUAGUUCUCAUCGCCGCAAGGCAAAAAACUUUGUGCUUAGGACAAUGAGAGGGGAUGCAGAAAAUGAUUUACAUGGUGGAGAGUGGAGUGAGAGUGAAGCAGAGUUCUCUCCUAUUGCCAGGCAACUCUCUGGUUCAAAAGCUCGGAGAUUGAUCAGGCGGCACACUAAGAAGUUUAACCCUAAACUGCAAAAAGGUUUAUCUUCUGCGGAUGGAGAAUCAAUUCCCUCAUCCCCUCAGGAUGCAAUGUAUGACAGUGAUGCUUCGAGUGAGUCCUCGCCAAACGAGGACUACUGUGAAUAGAUAUGUUAGAAGCACGCCAUUGAUGAGUCAGUGCAUGGAACCAAUCAUCAUUAUUUUCCAUCAUCAUUAUUUUCCAUUUCUAGUUUCUAUAUAUAGUGGUCAGGAUCCCUUAAAAUUUUGGUACAUAGGUGGAAUCGUACUAGAGGCAAACAUUUGGACAUUAAAAAGUGUCCUUAAUUUUUGUUAGGCAACUUAGCAAGCGAAGAUAAAGGAUGGGGGGAAAUCAUCACCUCUUUAUUCCUUUAUAGUUUAUACUCCACUAAAGGGCUCAAUUACCU